AGUUACAUCUGUCACCUAGCAACAGCAGCACGCUAAACAGAGACCCAAACACAGCUUGAUUCAGCUUUGCUGGCCCGUGAAGUAUUUGAUCUCUAGAUGGGGAAAAAAGUCAAAAAAGAGUCAGAGCCAUUCUCGAAAGAUGUGUUCGACCCUUUACCCAUCGAGAGCAGAACAGCAGCGACGGCGGUUCUUAUGCUCCGCUCUCCUGAAGAAGACGUGCUGGCAAAAGCUUGUGAGGCCAUCCACAAAUUCGCAGAAAAAGGUGAUGAGAAUAAGACUUCUCUGAUGUGCUUGGGAGCGGUUGAACCUCUUUCUCGUCUCAUAUCUCACGAGGACAGGACUGUGCGCAGGAAUGCUGUCAUGGCUCUGGGCGUCAUGGCUUCUAACAAUGAAGUCAAAAAGUGUUUAAAGAAGCUGGAUGUUAUACCUGCAGUCAUCAGCAAACUAUCACCUGAGGAGAAUGUUGUGGUCCAGGAGUUUGCCACUUUGUGUUUGACAUCAUUGUCAGUGGACUUUUGCUACAAGGUCCAGAUUUUCGAGCACAAAGGGCUUGAACCUCUUAUUCAGCUCUUGUCCAGCCCAGACCCUGAUGUGAAGAAAAAUUCAGUGGAGUGCAUCUUUAAUCUUGUACAAGAUUUUCAGAAUCGAGCAGCCGUGCAGCAUCUAAAUGGACUCCCCCCGCUUCUGGAAUUGCUACGCUCCGAGUUCCCAGCUAUUCAGCAGCUUGCACUGCGCACCAUAGAGAACAUCACCACUGACAGUGAAACCCGCGUGGCCUUUAGGAAUAUACAGGGCUUUGACAGAAUCCUGGAGAUCCUCGGGACCAAAGAGUUUAGUGACCUGCACGAGGGGGCUCUCAGGGUUAUCUCGAACUGUCUGGAAGACAACGAGUCCAUGCAGCUGAUUCAGACAAUGGGUGGUCUGGAACAGCUACUGCAGUUUGUUGGCACAUCCACACUGCCUGAAGCGCAGGCUAAUGCAGUUAAAGUCGUAGCCAGGAUGGCACAGAGCGGUGAGAACAGAAAAAUUCUUCAUGAACGGAAUGUAGAAAAGACCCUCACUGACCUUCUCAUGCAGGAGAAUGAGAGUGUACGCACUGCUGCAUGCCAGGCUGUGGCAACAGUGAGCAAAAACCUUUCCAGCAGAGAAACGUUCAGAAGUCUGGAUGCGAUUAAGCCCAUCGUGCAGCUGCUGAACAGUGAAGGAAGUGAGUUGAGAAUGGCUGCAGCAGAGGCCCUGUCCAGCUUGACCAGUGACAAUAACCUCAAUGCUUAUGCUAUAUAUGAGGCAGAGGGUGACAAGCUCUUGGUGCGACAGCUGCGAGACAGCUGCAUGGGAGCAGCUGUGUAUGCAGCAUCAGUCUUGACAAACAUGGCAUCGCAGGAGGAACUGCGCAGAAGUAUUCUGGCCCAUGAAGCUAUGCCAGCACUGGUGGAGCUGCUACAGUCCACUGACAAUAACAUACUCAUCAGUGCGACGCAGACUGUAGCUUCACUGGCCUGUGAUGCAGAGGCGAGGAUGGAGCUGAGAACUGUUGGAGGCCUGUCACCUUUGGUUCAACUGCUCAAGUCUAUCAAUGCUGAAAUUCGGAGAAAUGCUUCCUGGGCAAUUAGUGUGUGUGCAAACGAUGAAAUAACAGCCCUAGAAUUGUGUAAUGCGGGAGCUCUGGAGAUACUCCAGGAAAUCCGCCUGUCACCAAACCGUAACAACAAAUUUAGUGAGCUGGCACUACAGAAGCUUCUGAACAGUAAUCUAUCAUUGAAGUAUAGUCUGACAGGACACCUGUCAGCCAGCGAUGUAACUACAGAUGGCUUCUAUGACCCUGGACAGAUAAGAAUGGGUCAUCAGGUUCCUACCUUGGAGGAAAUAUCAAAACAAGUUGUCAACAAACGCAGAGCCACUAUAGCAGUGAAUGGGAAACCCCUGGAUCAAUUUAUUACCAAGGAACCAGAUGAUUGUAAGCAAGAUAGUCCAACUGAAACUACUGCCUCGUCUGUUUUGAGCAGCAAAAGGAGCAGCAAAACACCAAGUAAAAUGAAGGGAAAGGGUAACAAAGAGGAUGAGAAAAGGAAGGAUGAGGAUGAGUAUAAGCCACAGCCAGAGAUGGUGGUGGAUGAAGCGUGGAGCUUGCCGUAUGACGCUGCAUUUCAUAAUCUUGUCAAAGAAGCAGUCGAAUCCAUCUCGCCACUUCAGGAUGUGGCCAAAAUGUACACAGCUUUGGCAAUGUUAGUGUGUGAUGCAAUGGGCGGCAAGGUUGAGCCAGACAAGCUACAUGACUUUCUGUGGGAACUGCAUAUAAGCGAGCUGAAAGUUGAAGCCUGUUCCAACAUCGUUCUCAUUGGAAAAAUAAAAAAAGGCACUUUCUUUCACAGAGCGUUGCUUUACAAGGUUCUUGCAGACCGAAUUGGGCUGAGCUGCAGUCUCAUAAGAGGAGAAUACAACCGCGCCUGGAACGAAAUCUUCAUUACCAGUCCAAAGAAAACUUAUGGUUACUCUCAGCCUGAAUGUUAUAUCAUAGAUCUCAUGCAUCAACCUGGAAACCUCAUGAAAAGCAACUCACCAGCAGCUCUAGCAUAUCAGACCAUUUAAUAGCAAUAUUAUACUGGUAUUAUGUUUACUCACACACACACACAAACAAAGUUCACAAUUAUACUAUUUUUUUUU